UUUGUACAUUUCAAAUUUCCAUUGGGUCGUGUACAAAUAUAGAAUAUUUUGUUCCAUUUAAGUAUUAUUUAACUUUUAAUUAAUAAAAAAAUAUUCAAAUCGUCAGGGAAAAAUGCGUGAAUGUAUUUCAAUACACGCUGGACAAGCCGGAGUUCAGAUCGGUAACGCGUGCUGGGAGUUGUACUGCUUGGAACAUGGGAUCCAGCCCGACGGUCAAAUGCCCUCGGACAAAACGGUCGGAGGCGGUGACGAUUCCUUCAAUACUUUUUUCAGCGAGACAGGCGCCGGAAAGCACGUGCCCAGAGCUGUCUUCAUAGACCUAGAGCCGACGGUAGUAGACGAAGUACGCACCGGCACCUACCGCCAGCUGUUCCACCCCGAGCAGCUUAUUACCGGCAAGGAAGAUGCGGCGAAUAAUUACGCGAGAGGACAUUACACAAUAGGUAAAGAAAUCGUAGAUCUCGUUCUGGACCGAGUACGUAAACUUGCCGACCAAUGUACGGGGCUCCAGGGAUUCCUCAUAUUCCACUCUUUUGGAGGCGGCACUGGAUCUGGAUUCACCUCCUUGCUGAUGGAACGACUGUCUGUGGACUACGGUAAAAAAUCUAAAUUGGAAUUCGCUAUCUAUCCUGCCCCGCAGAUAUCCACCGCCGUGGUCGAACCCUACAACUCCAUCCUCACCACUCACACGACGCUGGAACAUUCUGAUGCCGCAUUCAUGGUGGACAAUGAAGCUAUAUACGACAUAUGCCGACGGAACCUCGACAUCGAGCGCCCCACGUACACCAACUUAAAUAGACUGAUCGGACAGAUCGUGUCCUCCAUAACGGCGUCGUUGCGAUUCGACGGAGCUCUGAACGUCGAUCUGACAGAAUUCCAGACAAACUUAGUACCUUACCCACGAAUUCAUUUUCCUCUCGUGACGUAUGCUCCCGUAAUCUCCGCCGAAAAAGCCUACCACGAGCAACUGUCGGUAGCGGAAAUAACGAACGCGUGCUUCGAGCCCGCCAAUCAGAUGGUGAAGUGUGAUCCUCGGCACGGUAAAUAUAUGGCGUGCUGCAUGCUGUACAGGGGCGACGUCGUUCCCAAGGACGUGAACGCCGCCAUCGGCACUAUAAAGACGAAGCGUACCAUCCAGUUCGUGGACUGGUGCCCGACGGGAUUCAAGGUGGGGAUAAACUACCAACCUCCUACCGUAGUCCCGGGGGGCGACCUGGCGAAAGUCCAGCGCGCCGUGUGCAUGCUCUCGAACACCACGGCCAUCGCGGAGGCCUGGUCGAGGUUGAACCACAAGUUUGACUUGAUGUAUGCGAAAAGAGCGUUCGUCCACUGGUACGUGGGGGAGGGCAUGGAGGAGGGCGAGUUCUCGGAGGCGCGCGAGGACCUGGCCGCUCUCGAGAAGGAUUAUGAGGAAGUCGGCAUGGACUCCGGCGAAGGCGAGGGCGAGGGCGGCGAGGAAUAUUGAGCUGCGCAGUUUCCCUUGUAGGUUUUAAAAUUACUAGUUAUACUUAUAUAUUUUCAACAUCAAAAUUGUAAGUGGAGUAUGUGUAUUGUUAGUACCGUGUUGUCCAUAAUAUCUUUAGUAUUAAUAAAUUUUAUUUUAGUUACUGU